AUGUUAUUUACAUUUUGUAUACUUGCCGUCUUUACCUCCGAAGUUUUUACAACCGACUUCGGUUUACUAAACCAAGAACACUACGAUGUAUAUAAUGCAGAAGCAAUCUAUAAUCAGUUUUACGAAAAAUAUGGCGCACAAUAUAAUAAAGAGAAAACUGAUCACCGUUUGAACGUGUUUAAAGAGAAUUUGAAGAAGAUUAAUAAAUGGAAUAGAGAAAGUGAUUCCGCUAGGUUUGGUGUCAACCAAUUCACUGAUCUGACUUUUGAGGAGAUAACACGUACUUACUUGGGAGUUAGGGGUAAUGUUAGUACGAAUGACGCUGUCCUGUACACCCCAAAGGGUCUGAAGGGUCCAGAAAGUUUGGACUACCGUCAACACGGCUACGUCACGCCGGUAAAGAAUCAGGGGCAGUGUGGAUCUUGCUACGCUUUUGGUGCAAUUGGUGACGUUGAAGGGCAGUAUGCAAAAUUGCAUCAAACACAAGCAAUAAGUCUCUCUGAGCAGCAGGUUGUCGACUGCGACAGCCACAGCUUUGGUUGCUCAGGAGGCUGGCCACAUUGGGUUUUUCAAGCUUUGGUUGGAGAAGGAGGUUCUAUGCGUCAGGAACAUUAUCCCUAUGAAGCAGUUCAGGGUCAAUGCAGAAGCGAUAGAUCGAAAAUAGCUGUACGAGUCACAGGCGGUUAUGAAUUGAAGAUUACAAGUGAAGAUGCUUUGAAAGACGCUUUACUUCAAUAUGGACCACUUGCGAUUGCCACAUAUGUCGGGAAUCAAUUCUUCUAUUAUCAGGGUGGAGUGUUCAACCCUACGGACUGCACCGAGUGGGGUCAUGCUCUUCUUCUCGUCGGAUAUGGAAACGAUGGCAUGAACGACUAUUGGCUGAUUAAAAACUCUUGGGACACCACUUGGGGUGAACAGGGCUACAUGCGACUGGCGAUGGGACAGAAGGCUUGUGGCAUAGGGGCAUAUGUUGCCCAUUCAAUUGUUGCAUAA